AUGACCUGGGAGGAGGUUAGAGAGAAAAAGCUCAGCGAGCAACAGCGACUGCUCUGUCCGUACCAGAUCGCGAAUCUGCCGUCGCCGGAGGAAGUCAACGAUGUGACCGGAUAUAUCGAUACUUUAUUUACCGAUGAGGAGAAUAGGAUUGUAAGUCUGACUAUUGAGCAGCUGCAGAAGGAAUAUCUUACUCGUUCCUUGAGUGCCCGCCAGGUGACAUUAUUGUACUGUCGCCGGGCGGCCGUUGGCCACGGGCUUGCCAAUUUUAUCACGGAGGUGAGAUUCGAGGAAGCCUUGAAGGAAGCGGUCGAGCAAGAUCGUUUCCUCGAGCAAAAAAAUGAACUGGUUGGUCCCCUCCACGGGAUCGUUGUUUCCCUCAAAGACAACAUCAACCUAAAGGGGUUUGCCACUUCGAUGGGAUUUGUGGGUCUGGCUGAAAAAGUGGCGACUGAGGAUUCGGCUAUUGUGAAGCUGCUAAAACGACUGGGUGCAAUUAUUAUCUGCAAAACCAACACGUCCUCCGGAAUGAUGUACUCUGAGACGGUGAACACUCUGUGGGGACGGACUCUGAAUCCUCACAACCGCCGAUACCUCAACAAUGGCGGGUCGUCCGGUGGCGAAGCUGCCAUAGGGGCCCUCAGGGGCUCUUCGUUUGGUAUUGGAUCAGAUAUCGGAGGUUCCGUGAGACACCCUGCUGCUCUGAACGGAAUAUACUCGAUCAAGCCAUCGUUUGGAAGAAUCCCCACCUAUGGCACAGCGUCAGGCCAGCCGGGACAGGAGUCCAUCAAGUCUGUCUACGGCGUGAUGUCUUACUAUCUGGAAAAUGUUGAGUACGUUCUGAAGACCAUUAUAGCCUCAAAGCCACACCUGGACAUUGACGCAGGCUGUUUACCCCUCGAGUACCGUUCUGUUGAGUUGCCACGAAAGCUAAAGAUCGCCAUUCUCGAUAACGAUGGUACCUCGACGGCCACAGCGCCGCUCGUGAACGCUAUGACUAAGGUUAGUAGUGCUUUGGAGGCUGCAGGGCACGAGGUGGUUGAAUGGCCAAACUACUACCUGACUGAGAUAAAAGACGCUAUUUAUCCCUUUUUCGGAGCAAAUGGCUACCGCAGCAUCCUGGAACUAAUCAAGAAAUCUGGCGAACCAGUGGAUCCGCUGCUGUCGAAAUGGUUUCCGACAGCACGUGACAUGCCUGUGUCAGAGCUUUGGGAGUUGCAACGCAAGCGCACCGCACUUACACAAAAAUACAUGGAAUUGUGGAACAAGCACGGCCUGGAUGCCAUCAUCACGCCGGUGUCGCCAUUCCCGGCAUGUUUGAAGUACGGCGUGGUGACGCUUCCGUUCACAGCCAUCUGGAACGGCCUUGACUACUCAGGCACUACUUUCCCAGUCGGAAAGUGUGAUGUCAGCAAAGACACGCCGUAUCCGAAAACAGAGUUCAUCUCGGAGGUUGACAGACAUGUCCAUGAGACAUAUGCUGCCAACUUGGCUAAGUUUGACGGGGCUGCUGUGUCUCUACAGGUUAUUUGUCGCCGGCUCGAGGAUGAAAAGGCCAUGGAGCUAACCAAAUAUAUAGCGUCUUUAAUUUAA